AUGACGAGUAAUACUAAUAAUAAAACUGAUCCAAGUGAAAUAUUAUACGAGGUGUUUUUAUAUAAGAAAAAGGAUAUAACAGCUAUUCAGAAAAAACUCGGUAUUAUCAGUAAUAUAAAUCAAACGGCAGUGACGGAGAGCAAGAAAGCGAAAAAACUUGCUGAUUCAUAUGAAUUGUUGUUAGAAUUGGUGGGAGAUUUAAUACCUAUACAGGAGAAACUUGGUAUAAAUAUCAAUCUCAUUUUAGAAGCGGAACUUAGAAGGGAUAAAGCCUCUUCAGAUAAACCAAUUAGAUUAUUUGAUUUGCUUUUAUGCUUAGAAGGUGAUAUAGUGAUAAUUCAGGAAAAAAUCGGUGUUGUUGGCUAUACUAAUCAAGAAAUGGCAGAAGAAGCUGAUAAAAAUGCGAGAGUGUACCUUCAAAGGUUUGAGAAAUUUCACGGCCCCUUAGAUGAUGAUCUAGGUGUGUUAAUAAAGAAAUCCGCUGAUAUAGGGGUAAAAAAAUUUUGGUUUACUGGUGGGGGACUACCAUCAUUUCCAAAUGUCUCUCCUCAACAAUUGCAUGAGAUUUUUGUCAAAAAAUUAGCUAACAUCGAUCAGUGUCCAUGUCUAGAAUCAGAAUCUGAAUCGUCUAAUGAUGAAGAAGAUUUUACUGUGGAUGUGGUAAAAGUAAUGAAGCAUAAUUAUUUUCACAAAUACGAUAUGGAUCAAAUUUUUGAUUUUAAAGCAAUGAAAGAUGCCGGAAUUAAUUUUUCAGUGGAGUACCUUGAUAAGACAAAGCCUCAAAUCCCUGAUUCCUCAGAUGGUAAUAUACCUAGAGAUUAUGAAAAAACAAGCGAAUUUUGUUAUGUAAAAAAAUUAGUAAAAACACUUAAUAAAAGUAAAUUAUUUUGA